GACUGGAUUGUUCAGAUUGAUCAAGAGAACGAGGUGUCACCACAUUGGGAUAAAGGCACCAGGAGAACCAUUUCUACCCCUCCCUUUUCCCUUUCUCCAAAAUCUUGCUACCCCCUCCACCUCUUUCCAGACAAAGACCCCCCCACACACAUUUACAACCGAAACUGUCCCUCAAUUCCGCUUCAGCGCUGAUCUUUUCUAUAUAUAUUUAAUUCCUAUUUUGGGGAUUUCUUCCCACCUCUCUAAAUUUUGUACCAUUUUUUGGAAUUAUUGCCCCUUCUUACCAGCUGAGGGAGUUUUUUGAUACCAUUAUUUUUCACAAUCCUGUUUUCUGAUUCGAUCCCGUGACGGCCGCCGGGAGGGAGCAGGGGAGCGGCGGGGUGGGCAGGCGCACCUCGGACGCCAGGACUCUGAGGAAAGGGACAAGAAGGCUAGAGAGGCGCAACCGAAAAUCUACAGGAUCCAACCUACGUUCUCUAAGCAUGGUGACUCAGAUAAUCAGCACCAUGGAGACCCAGGCCAAUAAUGGGCCAGGAAGUGCAGGUAUCCUCAAUGGCACCAACGGGGAACCCGAUGACAGCAAAACCAACCUGAUUGUCAACUACCUCCCUCAGAACAUGACCCAGGAGGAAUUUAAGAGCCUUUUUGGCAGCAUAGGAGAGAUUGAGUCCUGCAAGCUGGUCAGGGACAAAAUCACAGGUCAAAGCUUGGGGUACGGAUUUGUAAAUUAUGUCGACCCAAAUGAUGCAGAUAAAGCAAUAAAUACCCUGAAUGGGCUGAAACUGCAGACUAAGACCAUCAAGGUCUCCUAUGCUCGUCCCAGCUCUGCCUCCAUCCGAGAUGCAAAUUUAUACGUCAGUAGCCUUCCAAAAAAUAUGAACCAGAAGGAGAUGGAGCAGCUCUUCUCUCAGUAUGGCAGAAUCAUCACCUCCCGAAUCCUGGUGGAUCAAGUAACAGGUGACAGCACUACCUGUGUUUCUCGAGGUGUGGGCUUUAUCCGGUUUGAUAAGAGAAUAGAGGCAGAGGAGGCUAUUAAAGGCCUUAAUGGACAGAAACCACUUGGUUCCAGUGAACCAAUCACAGUGAAAUUUGCCAACAAUCCCAGUCAGAAAACAGGACAGGCAUUACUCACACACUUGUACCAAACUACAGCCCGGAGGUACACAGGACCCCUACACCAUCAAACUCAGAGAUUCAGGCUGGACUCUUUAAUAAACAUGGCGUAUGGCGUCAAAAGUCCGCUUUCUUUCCUCCCUAGGUUCUCACCAAUCACCAUAGACAGUGUUACCAACCUUGCUGGUGUCAGCCUUACUGCUCCUACCACUGCUGGUUGGUGCAUCUUCGUCUACAACUUGUCCCCUGAGGCAGAUGAGAGUGUCCUGUGGCAGCUGUUUGGACCAUUUGGAGCAGUGACAAAUGUCAAAGUGAUCCGGGACUUCACUACCAACAAGUGCAAAGGUUUUGGAUUCGUCACCAUGACAAACUACGAUGAAGCUGCCAUGGCUAUCGCUAGUCUCAACGGAUACCGCCUGGGAGACCGGGUCCUGCAAGUGUCAUUCAAAACCAGUAAACCGCACAAAGCCUGAAGGGAAAUGUCAUAAGGAAAGGGAGUGAGAGGCAGGAGUGGGGGGAGAGAGAGAGAGAAAAAUAAAGUGUUGGGAGGUAGUGGAAGAUAGAGGAACAACUAUGAAGAGUCACCUCUAAGGCUGUGACCCAAAGCAAAGAGUCUAGCACAGGACACCAAGCUUAUCUUGUAGGAAUCAUGCAUGGGGUCUUGGUUUAGGAAACCAGUCUCUUUGCAGUUCUGAAACUCCCAAUUUCUUCAGCUGGAUGUGGGUAACCCUAAAGUAGAGAUAAGUAGUGGUGAUAUAUCUUGACAUGGUUGUCUAAUAAUGUUGUAUUUCUCUCUCUCUGGCAGUGAAUGGGUUAAUUUUCUGCCCUUCCAAACACCUAAAAAACAUGAACCCAUCUGCUGCCAUGACUAUUUUCUGAGCUCCCUGCAUCUGUGCCCUCCACCACCUUAACUUCAUGCUUCUACAUAAAGGAGAUUAUAAACGAAGAAAUGAGACGGGCGCAGACAUUUAAACAAAAAAAAUAUAUAUUUUUAUAGAAAAGCGUAAAUAAAUCCCGCGAGCAGUCAGAACCUUCAUAACCUGUCCAAUAUAAGACAAGCCCACUGGACAAAAAUUGUGCUUUUAAUUCCCUAAUGUGGGUUCUGAAAUAAAAAAAUAAAUAAAUAAAAGAAAUCCUAUUUUUUUACAGAUACGAAUAACCAACGAACACUUACUCCGCCCCAGUGGGAUUGUGCUGUUCAAUUCCAUCUCUCUCAGUAGGUUUAAUUCAGUUAGUCUCCAUUGCUAGUGUUCAAGAGGCCUCCAUUUUAGGGAAUUAAAAGCCAGGAAACGAUGAUAUGUUUUACAAAUGAGGGUAAACAAAAAAUAGCAUGUAUUUUUAUUAAUAUUCUGUUUUCUUACUAAAUAUCGUGCUAGGUUUUUUGAGAGGAGAAUAGAAAAAAAAUCUGAAUUGGAUUGAUGUUUUAACGAUUAUCGCUCCAGCCCCACUUAUCCAGGAAAUAUGGAAAAUACAUUUAAAAAUGAAAAAAACAUUCAAGUAAAUUUACAGCAAUUAAAUCUUCCAGUUCGUAAACAUAGAUGAUAUAUUUUUUAGGGAUCUCUUUGCUUAAAACAGAACAAAAAAGCAUGACAGAAACCCCUGACCACUAAAAGCAAUGUAAAAGUGUUAUAUAUAAAAAUAUAUUGGAAAAAAAACUAAUAUAAGGUCUGCUUUGGACAAAAAGGACUCUAAAAAUGAGACCGAAAUGAUUCCAGAAGUGCAGUCCUGAUUUUUUGUAAUGAAAAUCAUUGAAAAAAUAUUUUUCUGCAAUGCUAAUUAUAAAAUAUUGUUUGAUCUGAUUCACUGAAUUCAUAAUUUUUGGAUUCAGGUUGAACGGUUUCUGCCAAAUGUUGAACUGAAUCCAAACCCUAAUUUGAAAAUUUGCAUUUAAGAACAAUAAUUUAAAAAAAAUGUAAUGUUAAAAUAUUAUGUGAUCUGAAUUCAUAAUUGUUGGAUUUUGCCUAGUGAAUCCCCCACAAAAGUUUUAGCCAAAUACCCAACCAAAUCCAAACGUUAAUUUGACAUUUGAAAACAAUUAAAAAUAAAUUGGAUCAUCAGUAAUAAAAAAAUUGCCAUGUUCAGUUCAGUCCAUAUGUGUAGGUUUACUAAAAUUAAAGAGUUUUUCAAAUUUAAAAUUUUUUUAAAUGAAUGCGAACGCAUUUAUUUCCCCUUGAUUGCCAGCACAUUUACAAAAAAACGGAUUCAGAAAACGUAAUCUCUUUAAAUUCUGUGAAAAAAAAAGAUUGAACUAAAAUCACAUUCUAUUAUUCAUUUAACUUAUUAAAUUCAUUAAAUUAUUUUGAAAACCUGAAUUUGAAAAUAGCUUGAAUUUUCAAAAUACAUUUUCAAAUGUAUUUAAAGUUGAAUUUACAGAAACUUGCCAGGUUUUAUCUGAUGAAUUCUUACAUUUUUUUUUUUAAAUCUUGAACAUUCAAAAAUCAGAAAUCUGUCAUUUGAAAAUAUGUGUGAUCAUGGUUUAUUUUCCUAUUAACAAAAGUGUAAUUGUGGGGAAAAAAUACAAUUAUGAAUUUUAAUAAAUCAGCAUCUUAAAGUUCAAAUCCAAAUCGGAAUUCAGUAGAAAGUGCUGCGAUUCCAGAGAAUCCAGUGCAUUCCUAGAUCUGAUCGAACGGGACUCGUAAUUACAUUUCACUUGCAGAAAGCCUUGAGGCAGUCCUUCAUACAUAUCAUUUGCAUUUUGGACAAAUAAUGACAUUUCUGUACAAUAGGAAAGUGGGACUGCAGCCUUAAAUCGAAACAAAAUUAUUUCUAAAAAAACACACACAAAAAAAUUGGCUUGGCCUUCAGUUCUAGUGUAGGAGAGGACAUUGCUAGAACAAUUAGUUUUGUUUAUUAAGUUAGCGUCUGUUCUAUAAAUCGUUUUCUCGUUUAUUUUCAGUUCCCCCAGAAAUCUCUUUUUCACUGUUUUUUGAUAUGAUUUAAUCAGAAAUUGUUUGUGUUUCUUUUAAAAAAUAUAUAUAUCAUGUAGUUGGGAAAGAGGGAGGAAAAUUCCUGCCCGAACCCACAAAUUUUAUUUAGAUCUUUGUAUUUUAGGUUCUGUGUGGUUAUUAUGACUGUGUUUAGUAGAAAGUGUAGGAUCUCUUAUGAAUUCAGAUUUAAGAAGAAAUCAACAGAGGAUAUAG